ACGUCUUCUGAGACGUACAGGUCAUGUGAGGUCAGAGACUCAUUCUAAGGACUACAACUCCCACAAUCCCCCGCUGCUGUCAGUGACGUCACCUGGAGCCCGGACCCGGCGUAUCUGUCGCUGCGGUGUGUUUUUCUUUUAACAACAAAAGACUGUUUUUGAGGCAGUUUGCGGCGUUUUCUCCUAAACAGCAGCUUUGCGGACUUUAUCACAGGCUGGGAGUGAUGACACCGCCGCCGGUAGUGUCCGUUGGAGGAAGAGGAAGAGGAAGGAGGCGAUGAGGAGGAUGAUGACAUGCAGUUAGCUGGCUGCCUGGCUGGCUGACGGACGGACCAGAGCCCGCUGAGAGGGAGACGUGUCCCCCCGAAACCAGAGCCGGAUCCGGGACGCACAGAGGCGAAGAUGCCGCGGAGGAAACAGUCGAACCCGCAGCCGGUGAAAUUGGAGUCUGAGGACGGGGCGGUGGUGUGCAAUCCGAGCUGCCUGGUUCUGGAAAGUGACUUUCUGCUGAGCGGCGAGCUGGAGUUUGGAGACUCGGAGAUCAUGGGGCUGGACAGAGAGGCUGGAGUGACGGUCUUCUCUCUCAGCAUGGAGGACGACUCCUCAGCUCCGACAGACUCCACCUUCCCGACUUUUCUGUCCUGUAAAGGAUGUGGUCAUCUGCUGGGGGACACGCCUCUGGGGGCAGGUGUUGGUCUGGACCUGGCUGCAGAGUUCUACUGUCUCACCUGUGAGGAAAGCUUCCAGCACUCCGCCUCCAUGGACUCCUCUCAGGUGGAGGGAUCCAACCUGUCCGACAGAUCCGUCAGCGGCUCCGACAGGAAGAGGAGGAGCGUCGCUCAGGGCAACGACCUCCCCGCCAAGCUGUUCUCGUGUUCGCUGUGCGCCUUCACCUCGCGCUACUCCAAUCACCUCAAACGCCACAUGAGGAUCCACGACGGCCACAAGCCGUUCCGCUGCCCGGUCUGCCCCUACGCCUCGGCCCAGCUGGUCAACCUGCAGCGCCACGGCCGAACCCACACCGGGGAGAAACCCUACCGCUGCCAGCAGUGCAGCUACGCCUGCAGCUCCCUGGGAAACCUGCGGAGGCACCAGCGCAUGCACACGCAGGAGAGACCGCAGAGGAGGGAGAAGGAGAAACGACAAGGGAGAAGGAAAAAAGCCAAGGCUGGACCUGAGGAAGUGGUGUCGGACCUGACCCUGCGUCUGUCCCAGGACUCCGGUUAUCUCCAGACGUUGGGGGGCCUCGGCUGUCCGUCCGGCCCCCUCCCGGUCCUCCUGUUCCCCCUGCGCUGCCGGGUGUGUGGCCUCACCCUGGAGGAGGCCGACCUGGAGGGGGACAACGCCGAGGGGGAGGCGGAGGGUGACGGAGGGCAGAUGUGUCGCCGCUGCUCCUUGGACCUGCUGUCCAAAGACGUCUCGGGGCCUCCCUGCAGCCUGGACGGUCCUCGGGGCCCCCGGCGGGGACAGCGGGGCUCCAAGCUGUACCGCUGCCCUCGCUGCCCCUUCCUGUCCCACUACCCCAACCACCUGGCCCGACACUCCCACACCCACUCUGAGGAGAAACCCCACCGCUGCCCCCACUGCACCUACACCUCGUCACACCUCGACAACCUCAAGCGCCACCUGCGCGUGCACACGGGUGAGAAGCCUUACCAGUGUCCGUCCUGCAGCUACGCCUGCGGGAACCUGGCCAACCUGCGCCGCCACGAGCGCAUCCACUCGGGCGCCAAACCGUUCCACUGCGGCGUCUGCGGCUACUCCUGCAACCAGAGCAUGAACCUGAAGAGGCACAUGCUGCGGCACACCGGAGAGAAACCGUACGCCUGCGCCGAGUGCAGCUACACGACGGGCCACUGGGACAACUACAAACGACACCAGAGGAAGCACGGACACAACACGGACAGUUGGGACAAACACACUCCCAUCAACGGGCUGAGCUGGGGACGAGACGUCCAGGAGGACCAGAGUCAGGGACAGGAGCACAAGUAGACACACUGUGAGAGUGUGUGAGAGUGUGUGGGAGUGUGUGAGAGUGUGUGGGAGUGUGUGUGAGUGUGUGAGAGUGUGUGGGAGUGUGGGAGUGUGUGUGGUGUGUGUGUGUGUAUUGUGUGUGUAUUGUGUGUGUGGUGUAUACACUGGUGAACCUCCAGCUCAGCUUGGAGUUAAACUCAGGUGCCUUGGACAGACUGAAUGACUGUAACGCUGCACUGACUUUAUAAAUGGGCAUUAAUGUGUGUUUGAAGGGAGAGAUCAGCGUCUCGCUCUGUUCUUUGGGAAAUGCAGUGAUGUGAUCAUGAAGCCGGUCUGAUGUUUAUUUUUUCUCUACAGAGGAUCUAUAUUUUCUAGGUGAGGGAUUUGGACGGUUUGAUCCUGGACUCAGUCGGUGUUCCAGCAGGGUUCCUGUGCAGCUUUAGUCUCACUCACUGGGGUGUUGGUAAGCAGAUCGAAAGAUCAUCUGACUCUCUCACUGUUCAGAGAAAACCAAUAAUUAACCUCCCAGCAACACAAUGAAUAGAAAUAUGACAUAAAACCUGCUUCAGUCUGAUUAUUAGGCUUUUAUUAAGCUUUUAAAUAGAAAAUCGGAUUGAAAGAGAGUUAAUUUUGGAGUUCAGGGGUUGGAAAUGUUCUGAUUGUUUGACUCUUGCUGCAUCAGAAAGCUAAAUAAAAGUGAAAAAAUAGACACUGAUUUAAAAAAAGCUGUAAUGAGGAUCAGUAUUAGAAAGACAAAGUCAUGAUGUUUUGAGAAAAUAAAGACACAAUCUUCUUAGGUUAAUAAAUAAUGACAUAACAUUAUAAUAAAAAGUAUUUUACAGUGAUGGAAACAAUACAUUUAGCUGCAAAAUACUGGAUGUUUAGGUUUCACUAAUAAUCGCCUCAGUAUGAAUUUGAGUUUGUUGUUUUUUCUGUCUUAAUAUGAGGAUUUUAUUCUUAUAAUAUUAUAACCUUUUUCUUCGUCUAUUACAUCUUUAUUCUUAUAAUGUUUGGACAUUUUUCUCAAAAAAACUAUUACCACAAUUUUUCUGAUAAAAUGACUAUUUUCUCAUAAAAUCAUCAAAUAUUUCACCUUGAAAUUUUAACUAUUCUCAUGAAACUGAUCAUUAUCUUCUCCUAAUUUAUCUGAUUUUAUGCUUUUUAAAUGAUCACAUUUUCAUCUUACAAUUAUGACCUUUUUCUUGUGCAAAUAUAUUUCUUCCCUGACAGUUAUCACUCUUUUUUGCUCUUAACUUUGUGACUUCGUUGUUUUGAAUUUCCACCAAUCAGUUGUAGCUGAAUCUUUCUACAAUCAUCCUGUAAUUCAGUCAGAAUUCUAGUUUAAACAGAAGCAGAACGUGGUGAAAAUGCUUCUAGAUUUAAAGAAUAAGAGCUUUUAAAGUGGACAUGCACAGGAGCCCCGCUGGGUUUUCAUUUAUCCAACCCGAGCUGCAUUCAGGAGGAACCUCAUGCCUUUUUUCAGUCAUGGCUUCACACUCUGUCUUCUUUUUUUUUUUAGAUCUAGAUCCUGAAAUGUGUUGGGAAAUUACAGCUCUGUGUUCAGACUGAGAGAUUCUUUAUUCCUCUCAGCGUUUCAGAGGAUAUCUCUGCUUGCUUUACUUGUUUUUAGCACAAAUUUCAUGAAAAUCAGGCUCUCGGACAUGCAAACAAUCAGGGAAGAGUUUACUGAUAAUAGAACUCUCUUUUUAAUAACUCAUUAAAGUUCCCAUCAAACACUGAAAA